CAACACUGUACAAUUGCUGUGCGCAGUUAGCCUUGUCAAAGAGAUGUGAAGGCAUUGCUCGAGCUAGCUAGCAUUAACCGUGUGGGACAUUGAAUGACUUUGUGUCCGUGUUAGGCAGCCUAAGAAAAACUGUCCCAAUUUGACAGGUCUGCACCGGCUUCGGAGCUCAUGGAGGCCCUCAUACCUGUCAUAAACAAGCUGCAAGAUGUUUUUAACACGGUGGGCGCGGACCUAAUUCAGCUGCCGCAGAUAGUUGUUGUGGGGACACAGAGCAGCGGCAAGAGUUCUGUUUUAGAGAGCCUUGUUGGCAGGGACGUACUUCCACGUGGCACGGGCAUCGUGACCCGCCGGCCCCUGAUCCUACAGCUGGUCCACAUCGACCCUGAAGACCGCCGGAAGACCAGUGAAGAGAAUGGUGUCGAUGGUGAGGAAUGGGGCAAAUUUUUGCACACCAAAAACAAGAUUUACACACAUUUUGAGGAGAUUCGUCAAGAAAUUGAAGCAGAAACAGAAAGAAUAUCUGGUACUAACAAGGGUAUCAGUGAUGAACCCAUUCACCUGAAGGUCUUCUCACCUCAUGUUGUUAAUCUCACACUGGUGGACCUGCCUGGUAUCACAAAGGUGCCUGUGGGAGACCAACCCAAGGAUAUUGAGAUCCUGAUCCGGGAACUGAUUGUAAAGUACAUCUCCAAUCCCAACUCCAUCAUCCUGGCUGUGACUGCUGCCAACACGGACAUGGCUACGUCCGAGGCCCUGAAGGUGGCCCGGGAGGUUGACCCUGACGGCAGGAGGACGCUAGCAGUGGUCACCAAGCUGGAUCUGAUGGACGCAGGAACAGACGCCAUGGACAUACUGAUGGGCCGAGUCAUUCCCGUGAAACUGGGCAUCAUUGGAGUCGUCAACAGGAGCCAGCUGGACAUCAAUCAGAAGAAGUCUGUUACAGAUGCCAUCCGUGAUGAAUACGCUUUUCUACAGAAGAAGUACCCCUCCCUUGCAAACAGAAGUGGAACCAAAUACCUAGCCAGGACACUGAAUAGGUUGCUCAUGCACCACAUCCGAGACUGCCUCCCUGAGCUCAAAACCAGGAUCAACGUGCUGGCAGCCCAAUACCAGUCGCUCCUCAACAGCUAUGGAGAGCCGGUGGAGGACAAAAGCGCCACGUUGCUGCAGCUCAUCACCAAGUUCGCCGCAGAGUACUGCAACACCAUCGAGGGCACGGCCAAGUACAUAGAGACGGCUGAACUCUGCGGCGGCGCCAGGAUCUGUUACAUAUUUCAUGAGACGUUUGGCCGCACGUUGGAGUCCGUCGACCCCCUGGGGGGCCUGACGACCAUCGAUGUGCUUACUGCAAUCAGAAAUGCAACGGGCCCGAGGCCGGCUUUGUUUGUGCCCGAAGUGUCCUUUGAGUUGCUGGUCAAGAGGCAAGUGAAGCGUUUGGAGGAGCCCAGUCUGCGCUGUGUGGAGCUGGUUCACGAGGAGAUGCAGAGGAUCAUCCAGCACUGCAGCAUCUACAGCACACAGGAGCUGCUGAGGUUUCCAAAGCUCCAUGACGCCAUCGUAGAAGUGGUCACCUCCCUGUUAAGGAAGAGACUGCCAGUCACCAAUGAAAUGGUUCACAACCUGGUAGCGAUUGAGCUGGCGUACAUCAACACCAAGCACCCGGACUUUGCCGAUGCCUGCGGCCUCAUGAACCAUAAUAUUGAGGAGCAAAGACGCAACAGGAUGAGAGACCUGCCCCCUGCUGUCCCCCGAGACAAGGCACAACAAAGCGGCAGCUCCUCCAGCGAGCAGGUGGAUGGUGGGACGGGGAACUGGAGGGGAAUGCUGAAGAAGGGAGAGGAUGGUUCGGGUGACAGGGUGGUGCCCCAGACCACCCCCCUUGUCAGCAGCCCACAGAAGGGCCACGCUGUCAAUUUGCUCGACGUGCCUGUUCCGGUAUCCAGGAAGUUGUCCGCUCGGGAGCAGCGAGACUGUGAGGUCAUUGAGAGACUCAUCAAGUCCUAUUUUCUUAUCGUCCGGAAGAACAUCCAGGACAGCGUGCCCAAGGCGGUGAUGCACUUCCUGGUGAACCACGUCAAAGACUGCCUGCAGAGCGAGCUGGUGGGCCAGCUGUAUAAGGCCGUGCUGUUGGAGGACCUGCUGACCGAGUCGGAGGACAUGGCGCAGCGACGCAACGAGGCGUCCGACAUGCUCCAGGCGCUGCAGAAAGCCAGCCAGGUGAUAGCAGAGAUCAGAGAAACACACUUAUGGUGAGCCGCCCCACACGGACCACCCACCACCACCCACCACCCACCCAAGGGUCCUCCACAGCCCUCAGAGCCAUCUGAGACCAAAAAGUACAGUCAGUAUGAACCCCAUCACCCCCCCCCCCCCCCCCACCCAAGUCAAAGUGGAAUCUUCUAUUUUUCUUACACAGUAAAUGUGAUAGGGAUGAUCUUAUGUUUAUCAUCCGUGUGGAGCCUCGCUAAGGAAUGUCUACUGUUUGUCUGGAAUCCUAUUA